AUGGAAAAUAAACCACAAAAAGAUAUUUUUGAAGACAUGAGACCAAAAUUAAAACCUAUUGAAAACAGUGAUAGAAGAAAAAGAUUAUAUGUUAUUCAAUUAAAUAAAAUGCUUGUUGAACAUUUUAAAAAAGGAAAUAAUCUUAAUGAUUCAAUUGGACUUAAUCAAUAUGGUGAAUUAGUAGAAUUAAGUAUAGAAGAUGAACAAACAAAGAAAAAGUAUGAUUUAUUUAAAACACAAUGUAAAGAUCCAAUUUUUAUUCUUAAACAAACAAACCAAGCAUUUAAAAAUUAUGGAAAAUCAGAAAUGUAUUUAAAACCAAUAGUUAGAAGAAAUGAUAUUAUAAUAAAACAACAAAAACCAAAAUUAGUCAUUAAUGAUGAAAGUUCAGAAGAUGAAAUUCCACAUAAACCAAUUAAUAUUUAUAGAAAAAGAGAAGAUAUUAUUGUUGAUAAAAGAGUUAGAAUGAAUGAAACUGAAUUAACAGAUAGAAUAUUAGCAAUGUUUAAGAUUAAACCAACAUAUACAUUUAAUAUGUUAAACUUAGAAUUAAAACAACCAGAACAAUAUUUAAAAGAACAACUUAAAAAGAUUUGUGAUUUAGUUCAAUCACCAACAUCAAGUAUGAAAGAAUAUCAACUUAAGAAAGAUUAUCAAUAA